ACCACGUGAUCAUCCUUCGACUGGAGUUUCCACGACAGCUGAAAGCAGCCGAACGGCUUUAACAUUCUCCUGUUUUAGUAAUCCAAACUGAACUCAAACCAAGAUCAGGGUUCAUAAAAUGGGUGAUAAGAAGAGCCCCACAAGGCCGAAGCGGCAACCUAAGCCCUCCGCCGACGAUGGAUACUGGGACUGUAGUGUCUGUACAUACAAGAACAGUGCAGAGGCGUUCAAGUGCAUGAUGUGCGAUGUACGAAAAGGAACGUCAACCCGGAAACCUCGCCCUGUGUCUCAAUUGGUCGCACAGCAAGUUACUCAGCAGUUCGCCUCACCAACACAACCCAAAAAAGAAAAAAAAGAAAAAUCGGAGAAAGAGAAGAGUGAUAAGGAACCAACAUUAAAAAAGAGCAGUAACAAGAAGACAAGGCCUAGGUUAAAAAAUGUGGACCGGAGCAGUGCCCAACAUCUGGAAGUCACCGUUGGAGACCUGACUGUCAUCAUCACAGACUUUAAGGAGAAAACCAAGCCCACCUCCACCUCCUCCAGUGCUGCAUCAGCAGACCAGCACAGCCAAAGUGGCUCCAGCUCUGACAACACUGAACGAGGGGUGUCCAGGUCCUCAUCACCUCGGGGAGAAGGCUCUGUCAACGGGGAGGCACACUAGCCCCCACCCCCAGCUCUCAACCGGCAGGCUCAGCCCACGUCACCCAGUCAUUUGUCAACAUGCACAUGUGAAACUUUUUUGCCAAUUACAGUUUUGAAUUCGGUCGGGGAAAACUGUGUUCCCGGUGAAGAGCGACAAGUUUUAGUUUUCUCCAGGGAAGAAGACGACAUCAACAUGAAAUCAGCCAGUCUGUCAUGAUGAAUGAACUGAGCACACCUGACAGUCAUAAGGACCCCUAGACGUGCAGCUGAACAGUGCCAGGUGUCUUGGCAGCAUUCACAAACCUCAGUGUUAUGUUGUCAUCACUCACUUAGUUGAUGGUGUCAAUCUUUCUAAUGUGGACUGUUGAAGACAUUAGAGUGUUAGCUACAGAGGAUGAACAGAAUAUGCAUUAUGAGAAUGUGAAGCUGCCAUCUCUUAAUUGUAGAUUGACGUUGAGUUUUUGGUAGCAGCAGACUUUGCACUUGAUGGCAUCUGGUAUGGGUGUUCAUGAGAAAGUUGUUUUAGCAUUAUUUCCAGUCUGGCCAACAUUUUACUGAAUCAUAUCACUGUUUAUGUUACUGGUUAUAUCCAGCCAUUUUGUUUUAUGUCGAUGGGAAUCAUCUCAACUGAAAGUUUGCGUAAAAAGUUUGAAACAAUAUUGUAAGAAAUUCUGCUUCUUCUCCACUUUGUAGAGUCAAGCAUGCUAUCAUUAACAGUGGUUUAUAUUAAGAUAUUAUUUAAUAAAGCUGAAGUGAUAGAUUUAUCAAG